CUUGCAGGGAAAUACGUCCUCAAUGAAAACAACUCGCCGCUUUGGUUGAUGCCACUGACUGCUAAAUCAACAACAACAACACCAGAGCCAGUAAUUGUGCAGUCUUUGAUAUACUACGUCUAUGGCUGGGAUUAGUUGGUAUCAAAAUGAAAACAGCAAUGGUGCCCUCAACCAACAUUACUUGAUUGAUCACAUACCACUCUAUUCUCUUGCUGAUGUGCAAUUGAGGUUUCUUUGUCCCAAUGAUUUGGAUGAAGUUCGAACACUGUGCCAGGAUUGGUUUCCUAUUGAAUAUCCAUUGUCAUGGUAUGAGGAGAUUACCUCUGGUACAAGGUUCUAUGCUCUUGCUGCAACUUAUAAUCAAAUAAUAAUUGGCCUAAUCGUCGCCGAAAUCAAACCGUACGCAUCACUAAAUUCAGAAGAUCAAGGAUUUCUGGCGAACUCCUUCCUGAAGCACAGUGAUGUCGCCUACAUACUGUCAUUGGGCGUUGCGAAGCAAUACAGAAGGAAUGGAAUAGCAUCGCUACUGCUUAAUUCAUUGAUCAAUCACCUCACAUCUAAUGAUAGGAACAAAAUAAAAGCCAUAUUUUUACACGUGCUUACAACCAAUUCAGCUGCCAUCAUGUUUUAUGAGAACAAAAAGUUUAAACUGCAUUGCUUUCUACCAUAUUACUAUUCAAUAAAAGGUAGAUGCAAUGAUGGAUUCACAUACGUCCUUUAUGUGAAUGGUGGCCAUUCACCAUGGACAUUAAUUGAUUAUUUAAGGUAUUUCUGCAAGAACAUCCUUUUAGGCGGCGGCGCGUUUCCCUGGCUGCUGAGUUCGUUUUCAAAGUUCAUGUACUGGAUGUGGUCGUCACGGAAGAUCACGCAGCACCCCGACGUUGACUAGUCAGAUAUUUAUUGCAUGCUCACAUACAGCGUAAGCGAAACCAAUUAGGGCGCUCAUUUAAUCGUAAUGAGCGCAACUGAAUGAUAAUGAUGAUUCGUAAAGUAUUUUGUAAAUAUUAACUUAAAUUUUUCACAAGAAUUAAUUAAUGGUAAGAGAAAAGCAGUGCGAGAGACAUGAACAGCAUUAAAUAUUGAAAUACAAAGUAUUAUUUAGUUAGAGCGUUCGAACAAAAAGCGUAAAUUCUAUUUCAAUAGAAGAUUUUCAGUCAUUUUAUACGCGUUGUAAUAAUAAUUAAGCACUUUUGGUUCAAUAUUGAUGAAUUCACAAACGAAAUACUUUAAAUGCUGAUACAUCACACAACGUUUCAAUUUACAAAUAAUUGUUUUUUGUUUUUUUACACUUAUCUGUGUCUGCUCAUCAAAGUUACGAUGUUAUAUUAUUAAUUAAUACAAUUACGUCACACAAUUGAGUCUGGGAGACUCUUUAGUUAAUUCUUAUUUAAAGUAAUUUAAAUAUUUGUUGCUGUUUGCCGACGAAUGGACACGAUACAAAUGCAUUCAACUAUCACAGGUUACUCUAGUCUUGUACAGUACAGUAGAUUCUGUUUGCAAUAUUCAGAGAAAAAUAUAAGACGCACAGAUUCUUUUUUUAUAUUAUUUCACUUGUUAUUGUUAUUUAUCGCUUAUAUUAGACUUGACACCAAAAUUUUAUUCGAAAUUAAUAUAUUACCAUGGAAAAAUAAAUAUUUUUUCUGAUUA